AUGUUAGAAAUAACCGCUCUUAGUUUAGAAUAUAAGAUCAGCGGUACUGGCAAGUUGAUAAAGCCCUCGAAAGUUAUUGCUGGAACCGUUGAUUUGACCAAGUGGGAAUCAGCUCUAGUUAUUGACGUCUCUAAAGCUUACAUUCCUUCUACUUUCAAGUUGAGCAAAGGGCAAUUUAACAUUGACGAUGUUGCCAUAUUGGAGUUGAAGGAAAUCCUACGUCUCGACGAGAAUAGCGACAAAGUGAAAAAAUUAGAAUUACCUAAAUUAAUUAAUGGUGCAUAUUCCAAUUACGAAAAUUUUACAGUAAUGGCAGGUGGGUUUGGAGCUAGGUAUCUGCAUAGAUUGCAAGAUGACGACGGUAAUGAUAUAUUUAAUGGGUAUUCGCUAUACGAAUUGCAAGUUGCUAAAUCAAAAAUCGUCGGAAAUGAGAGAUGUAAAAUGCAAGGCUAUGGAAAUAUCGUGAAAGACAGUCACAUUUGCGUAAAAGUUAUUGAAACUCUUAGGCAUGCAGGCCCUUGCAUUGGUGACAAAGGUAGUCCUGUGAUUUUAGACAAUAAAACAGUUGUCGGAGUGCUUAGCACCUAUGAUGUUUCAUGCGAUACUGAUGCUUAUCCGUCCAUCUACACGAGAGUCUCCUCUUAUCUAGGGUUCAUCGAGAAUGUCAAAAGCGGAAACUUAUCUGGUGUUAAGACUUAUGAAGCUUAA